AUGGACCCCUCGAAGCUCCAGGCGAUAAGGCAACACUAUACUUUGGCCCUGAAACGCUUUCUCGAGUCAACCAAGACCUUCGAAGUCAUUACGACCGUUGCCCGCGCUGAAGAACCCCGGCCGUCCUCCGCGGCCGACGGUGUCCUCUAUGUUCUGGAUUCGUCGUUCAACCCUCCAACUCUUGCACAUCGCCAUAUUGCGUGUUCUGCUGUUUUAGAGAACUGGGGAACGCCUUCCCGCCUGCUCCUUUUACUCGCAACCCAGAAUGCGGAUAAGCCCUCCAAACCGGCCUCGUUUGAAGACCGGUUGAUCAUGAUGCAACUUUGUGCUCAGGACCUCCUGGCGUUCCUUGAAUCCAAGAUACCAUCUGUGGACAUCGGGAAGCUUCCCGUGGUCGAUAUCGGAGUAACCAAAGAGCCAUAUUUCGUGGAUAAAGCAGUCGGGAUUGAAACUGCUGGAGUAUAUCCCCGGUCUCUGGAACAAGUUCAUCUCACCGGCUACGAUACCUUGAUCCGGAUCUUUAAUACUAAGUACUACCCACCGGACCACACCCUUGCUCCCCUGGAGCCGUUUCUUUCCAAGCAUCGGCUCAGGGUCACCGUACGUCCGGACAGUGAAUGGGGUAGCAAAGCUGAACAGGAAGCCUAUCUUAGCAACCUAGCCAAAGGAGGCCGGGAGAGCGAAGGGGGUAAGCGGGAAUGGGCAAAGCAAAUCCGUCUUGUUGAGGGAGACAAGGAUGAAAAGCAAUCCGUGAGUUCGACAAAGGCGCGAGAAGCUAUCCAGUCGAACCCAUUGAACCCGAGUAACCUUGACUGGUUGGUACCGGAAAAAGUCCGAGAUUUUGUUCUCUCGGGACGGCUGUACUCGGAGUAA